AUGGGAAGUACCACGUUUGAAAGUCUCCCCAGCGAGGUCCAGCGCAGCGUCUACGACUUGCUCGACGUGCCGCUGGUAUGCCGGGCCUACGUCGCCUUCUUCCCGCGAGCCAGCGCGUCGCCGGCGGCGGCUAGCCUCAGCACCCGCUCGGUGACGGUCAAACUCGAUACCUAUGACACCAGUCUCGAUAGUAUCACGUUCGAUUUACUUGCUAAACUUCCCCCGGUCCAGGUCAAGGUGGAAGCCACCAUCGGUAUGUGGCUCCAUAACGUCCAUUACCUCAACCAAUUGAAGCUAGAACUGCUUGAUGUGGCCAUCACGGGGGAAUACUCGUCGUUCCACGGAAACGCCGGCGCCCUCAUUCAUCCCAUCCGGCGCCUCAAGCUUGAGUUCGUCACCGUCGACGUGUCGCUCCUCCCCACCAGUUUGCACCUGUUGACGAUGGAGAACUGUCGAGUGUCUCGCCUCGACGCGUUGAUGCGGUUGUCAAAACUCCAACAAUUGGUGAUCACGGGCAACACCUCCAACGUCAAUGGCUUGUACAAUUUUUCACCGGACUCCGAGACCAACAUCAUGUUGCCGGCAUCGAUUGAGGAGGUCACCCUUCCCAAGCACUGGAUGGUGAACACGGACGGGCUACACAACCUCAAACUGGCGAAUGUCGACUACUCCGCCGAGCUCCCCUGGGAGCAAAUGGAGAAAGUUGGUUCUGGCGCCAUCCCCGACGAAAACUACUUGCCGCAGUUGACACUGAUGACGGUCACCAAACGAGGUUUCCACAACUCGUUUCGAGGCAUUGAAUGCCCCCAGCUUGAGUCGGUGGAGAUUGCCUUGCUGGCUCGCCUUCAUCCCGCACACACCAACGUGUCGGUGUUAUUCACCGACGCCCAAAUGGCAAAAUUGACUCAAUUGGACGCCCGCGCCUACGACGUCGUCAGCCUUGAUCCGUUUAAACUGUUGCGAGUCCUCAAGGCGACGUUGAAGGAGCCGAUAACGCAAAACUUACCGGUGCCACCCACGUUGGAAGAGCUUCACGUCGUGACAUCGUUCCCGGUUGAAGGCAUCCCGCCCCAAGUGAAAGUGUUCUACGUGCGUAUGAUUAGACGUGGGCUCAGCGUCACCGUCGCCUCGCCGAACGUGGGGGACAUGCUUGUGUAUUUCGCCGGGGACGUGUCGCUUUCGUGCCCUCAGCUCAGGCUAUUGGAGUUGGGCGAGUGCACGGGGAAGGUGACCCGGGAUACCCCUAACUUGAACAAAGUGUGCGUCUACAAGCUGUCGGGCGAUGAGUUCAGCACGUGCUCAACGUUGUCCGCUUACAAGUUGAUUGACGGCACUCUCCGCGACGGCAUCGCGCUCGACCAGCAUAUGCUCAUGUUUACGUUACGAGAAGUGGAAACGCCGUCGGUAUCGGUUGACGCCGACCACGUCGAGAUCCACUCGAGUUACAUCAGAGACAAGCUUUCCGUGAGGGCCGCCUCCAUGGUCCUUGGCAGUCUCCCGCAUCGUCCCGUGUUUGAUGUCAGUUGUGGGUCAUUGAUGACGUCGUGCAUCGACCCCGCGUUGAUUCGGGGCGUGCAAGACCUCAUCUGUUACCCCGAUCACUUCCUUCGGGACGUGUGUCGUUCCGACGCGUUCGAGGGGUGUUACCAGUUGAAGUGUCUUACCAUCCGGGGAUUCAAAACGUCGUGGUGCCAGGCGAAGCCGCUCGUGAUUCCCGCGUCGGUGACAUCGCUUAUCAUCAUCGGAUGCCAUGUCGACGAAAUGUGGAUUAAGUUUGAGGACCCGUCGCGGCUCGAACACUUGGAGAUCACCUACCCGCCGGAGCUGGGCGGCGGGUGGAAUCCGCCGUUGAUCACGAUGAAAACGCUCGGGUUACAGAAACUACCCCCGUCGUUUUUAUGUCCCCUCUUCGAAGUAUCGUCGUUUAUGUCCUGA